AUGGCUGCGCGUGAAGCCGCUGCGAUCAAUAGAGAUAUACUCAGUGACAAAGACUCAGGAGAAGACGAGCUGGACGAGUUUUGGCUGCUACAGUACGAGCAUGUCACAAGCAGCGUGAACUGCCCUGACCCCAGACAAGUGAACGGGGACAAGAGAUCGCGAACCAUUUUGGUGGCGAGUCGAGACGCAGACGACGAUGUGAUCUGCCGUCGACAUCGAGAGCGGAACGGGCAGUACACUGUGAGGUGGACUGACAAUGGCAGCGAUUGGGUCGAACUGCAGCUGUGGAAUCGAUUUGACAACGGAGUCGACAUGUUCCUCGGUAGCGCGUCGAGAGCUCAACGAAGACGUCUGCAAAAAGAGCACGACGACUUGGACCUGCUAAUCACGACGUACCAGCGUGUUCUGGAGAAGAAUGGAAACGCAAAAGCACCCAGUGAUCAGCCCGACUCUCCCUGUGUCAAGCCUCCUAUAGAAAGUCCACCGCUUUCCCCCACAGACUCGAUUACGUCAAAGAAGCCAACUUUCCUCAAGACGUGGGAGGAACGCGAACGUGAGCGUCGCAUGGAAAAGGAAAUCUCCAAAGCGCAGCGUAUCGAACAAGAGAAGCAAGGAAUCAUCCAGCGCGUCUUGGAACGACAACAACGAGAAGAGUACGACGCUCUCUUCUCCAAGUUUGCUGAGAAUCGGAAGCAGCGCGCCGCAAAACGGAUCCAAGCGUUCUUCCGCGAUGUGAAGAGCGUUCUACACGCUCAACGCUGUGCUGAGAAGGAGCGAGCGGCAAUAAUUUUACAGGCUGCGUGGAAGCGGAACAUGCACGCGAAGGAGUAUCCACGUCGACUGGAAGCUCGGAAACAAGAGAACGAGAUACUGUUGGUGGCUAAGAGCGAACAGGAGACGCGCGAGUAUAUAGCUGAGAUGAAGAGGCAACGUGAAGAAGCCGCAGCACGUGCCUUGUCCCCUCCAGAGUCUAUCCAAAGCAACGAAGCGGACGACGGCCCCUCACCAUCCGCAUCGCCUUCGAAGCAGGUCGUUGACGCGCUUGUCGCCACUUGGCGGAAACUCCAUCGGGUGUUUGUGGUGGCUCAUAAAUCCAAGGGAGUCGCCUACCACGCGCUGUUUGAGGAAAUUGAUCUCCGGAAAGACGACGUUAUCGAUCGCGCUGAGUUAAGACUUGGAGCUCGAAGCUUUGGCGUGCGACUGGACCGCAAGAUCACCCGAGCGCUGAUCACGUUGAUCCGCACCAAGUGUGGGGUACCGUCGAAGCCUCUUCUCGUGACCUUCGAGCAGUUCAUGACAGGCUUCGAGUUGACGUCUCAAGUGACAGAGUUGCCUGCUACCACUCCUGCUGACACGGAGCUUGAUCACCCCAUCGAUAAGAAUAUCGAAGAAAGCAAGGCGUCAGUCGAUUCUCCAGACACGCGUGAAGACAACUCUGUCAACGAAGAAGACCUGGUCACGGCUGUACGGGCGUUCAGAGCAGCCGUUUACGAGUCCGCCACGAGCUUCUUGGCUGCACAGGGCAAGUCUCCGAGCGACUACAAGGUGUUCCGAGAGACCUUGUCGCACGUUUUCUCUCGCUUCGACGCGGAUCGAAAUGGACAACUGGAUGUGGACGAGCUGGUGGUGUGUAUGUCGUCCUUCAACCUCCAGCUCAGUAGCGACAAGAUCUUGCUGUUGCGUGAGCUGUUUGUCGGAGAGCGUGACAGUGAUAAAGUGGGCGUCGCUGAGUUUAUCUCCUUCGUCUUGGCCCACUCGUCGUCUACUGAUGCAGACGAACUUGGUCUUCUGGGACGCCGAAUUCGAGAAACAAUCAUGAAUCGUGUUCGAGAAGCUCAAGCUCAUACUGAUAGCAUUGAAGCCGCUGUACGUCUGGUGUUUCGAGCAGCCUACAAGCGUCAGAAUGAGCAGAGUUGCUCGAGUCGCGACUUCAUGCGUGUGCUGAAUCGUCUGCGUCUUGACGCCACAGCUGCUCAGCUUGCACGACUCGUUGUAAGACUAGAUUGCAAUGGCGACCGCUCCAUCUCAUUCGACGAGCUGCUCAUGUGGCUGCGAAUACGCUCCGAACCAGCUCCUGAUGACGAUUUACUGGCAGAAUCCGGGCGGGCUACGAGUCUCCAGUUAGCCACUGCAAAGGCCAAGGCAUUCCGAGCUCUACUGGAAACACUCGCUCCGAGCGCUGCAUCACCGACGGGCGAGACCAAGACGUCCAGCUUGACGGCUUUAUUCCGGCAGAUCGACCGCGACAACAGCGGCAAAAUCAACCAAGACGAGUUGCAAGAGUUCCUUCACAGUCAGGAUCUCUUGUCUAUCAUUGGAGAAGAGGCUCUAAUCCUGUUGUGUGGACUUUCAACCUUGCCACUGAACGCGACAGCUGUGGUGGCGCAGGAAAUGAUGAGACUUGUGGACUUGAAUGGAAAUGGUGUCACGACUUUGAAAGAAUGGCUGGCGUUUGCUAACGAUCUAGACAAUGAUCCCGCAGUGAUCGAAGCCAUGCGGACAGCCCUGAGGGAAUCGGAGAGCAGUGACCCGGAGCGACUGGUGCGCUGGUUCAGUGAACUACCAGGCGCUAUUCAAGCUGCCACAACUCGCCAAGGAGAAGCAGACCAGAUGAGAGUACGCGUGGCUGAGUUCAAGACCUCGUUACGUGCGAAACUGGGUGGCUCUAGUUCAGUCUCCAUGCAGACACUUGAUCGGGUGGUGGGGAGUCUUGACAACGACAGCAGUGGAUGGAUCACGACCAGCGAAUUGUGCGCGUGGGCAUUUCCACCUCGCGAUCUUGAAGAGCUUCUACGUCUCGUUAUCAGAUGCUGGCAAGGUGAACAGCAACAGUCCAGUGGCGCAAACUUUGGCGUCAACUUGUUCAGGCGUUUCGAUGUGGAUAACAACGGCAGUCUCGCGGUGCGUGAGGUGCGUCGAGGGUUUGUGACGUUCGGCUUGGCCUUAUCCGAGUACGAGACUCGAGUUUUGCUGGUUGCUUUUGACUUGGAUGGAGAUGGAUGCUGGGAUAAAUCAGACUUCGUGGCGUUUGUCAACAAGUUGUUUCCGGUAGUGCCAGUCGUCGAUAGCCCAGCUCACACAGAAACACCAGAGAACCCGACAACGCGCAAUGACAUCCCACCUGGCUGUGCGAACAGUGGUGACGAUCUGCUGCUCGAUUCAGAGUCUUCAAACGAGCAUAUAGACACGUCUGGGCCAUCGCGUAGACGACGAACAUUGCGAGUUGGACUCGAAGUGACGGUACUAGUAGGAGAGCGAUGA